AAUUCUCUCUCUUUCUCUCUCAGAGACAUUCAAACAGAAUCAAAUAAUUUGCAGAGCAAAGUACUACUCCAUGGCAGAGGUACUGACUGAAGAUCAGAUUGUUGAGUUCAAAGAAGCCUUUUGUUUGUUUGACAAAGAUGGAGAUGGUUGCAUUACUAUUGAAGAACUGGCUACGGUGAUUCGCUCGUUGGAUCAAAACCCAACCGAAGAAGAACUUCAGGACAUGAUAAGCGAGGUCGAUGCAGAUGGAAAUGGAACAAUUGAGUUCGCCGAGUUCUUGAACCUCAUGGCCAAGAAAAUCAAGGAAACUGACGCAGAGGAAGAGCUUAAAGAGGCUUUCAAAGUUUUUGACAAAGAUCAAAAUGGCUAUAUCUCAGCUAACGAGUUGAGGCAUGUGAUGAUAAAUCUGGGGGAGAAAUUGACGGAUGAAGAAGUAGAGCAAAUGAUCAAAGAAGCUGACUUAGAUGGUGAUGGGCAAGUUAAUUAUGAAGAAUUCGUCAAAAUGAUGAUGACUAUUGGAUAGCGCAUAUAUAUAUAUACACACACACACACACACGCAUACAUAUAUAUAUAUAUAUAUAUAUGGAUGGCAUUGGCGUACUGAUUCAUCAUCGAAUUUAAAUUUCUUUAUCAUUUCCAACGAAUUGAUAAUUAAUCUGGUAUUAUUAGCAUGAUAAUUAAAUUGUAUUCUUUCAAAUUUUAGUUGCA